CCAAUAAAGCUCGUCGGAUUUGAAUUUUGAGGCAGCGAGCGAUCAGUUGCCAAGAUGCCUGCCACUGACAGACUGCUACUAGAAGAGGCUCUGCAGGACAGUCCGCAGACCCGCUCAUUGUUUAGUGUUUUUGAGGAGGAUGCUGGGACCUUGACUGACUACACUAACCAGCUGCUGCAGUCAAUGCAGAGGGUUUAUGGAGCGCAGAAUGAGAUGAGUCUGGCUACACAACAACUCUCUCAACAGCUUCAGAAAUAUGAAAAGCAGAACUUCGCACUGGGAAAAGGCGAUGAGGAGGUCAUAGGUGUGCUGCAACAGUUUGCUACCAUCGUGGAUAAGCUCAAUCUACUGCAUGAAGAGCUUGCUAGACGACUGGCUGACAGUAUGGUUUUUCCCAUGGUACAGUUCAGGGAGAAAGACUUAACAGAAAUCGGCACACUGAAGGAAAUUUACAGCAUUGCUAGUGAAGAGCAUGAUUCAGCAAUGGCCAAGUACAGCAGACUUCCUAAAAAGCGAGAAAGCGAGAAGCUAAAGGCAGAGGUAAUUAGUGAAGUUGCUUAUACUCGACGUAAACAACACCAGGCUUCCAUGCAAUAUUACUGUGCUUUAAAUGCUUUACAACACCGCAAGAAAGUGGCCAUGUUGGAGCCCAUGCUGGGAUAUAUGCAUGCACAGAUGGCCUUUUUCCACAAGAGCCUGGACAUGAUGUCACACAAGGUGGCAGACUUUUUGUCAUCUGUGGAGCAAAUGUCGCAGAGUAUCCAGGUCCAGUUGGAUGCUGAAACAGAAGCAAUGCGUCAGUCCCAACAGGAACUUCUGUCAGUGGAUGACACAGUCUACAUGCCAGAUCAGGAUGCUUGCAGCCCUUUGGUUAACAGAAGUUUGGUACAGCGUGCUGGCUACUUAAACAUUAGAAGCAAGACCGGUUUGGUGACCACCUCAUGGGACAGGCUGUAUUUCUUCACCCAGGGAGGCAACCUAAUGUGUCAGCCACGGGGUGCUGUGGCUGGAGGCUUGGUCAUGGAUCUGGAUAACAGUUCAGUGAUGGCAGUGGACUGUGAGGACCGACGCUACUGCUUCCAGAUUACCACACCAAAUGGCAAAAUCUGUAUUACCCUGCAGGCAGAGAGUAAACGUGAUUAUGAGGAGUGGAUCUGUACUUUGAACAACAUUUCAAGGCAAAUCUAUUUGACUGACAACCCUGAGGCAGUUGCCAUUCGUCUUAACCAGACCGCAUUGCAGGCAGUUACUCCGAUCAUUAGCUUUGAGAAGAAGCAUGAGAACUAUGGCCCCAACAGCAAGUUGCAACCAACCUCUGCAGAACCACCUCCUGGACGUCUUCAACAGGAACCUGAUGAGUCUGCAGAGCUGAUCACUGCCGGGACACCCAUUCAGUUUGACUUGGUGCUUCCAGCAUCAGAGUUUGAGGAUCAAAAUCGCUGUGGAGCUGGCAGGCGCACAAACCCCUUUGGAGAGUCUAGCAGUGAAAACGCCAGAGAAUCUGAAGACUCUCUUCUACAUCAAAUGUUUGUGGUACGCUUCCUGGGCUCCAUGGAAGUUAAGUCAGACCAAAGCAAAGAGGUCAUUUAUGAAGCAAUGAGGCAGGUGCUUGCUGCCAGGGCCAUCCAUAACAUCUUCCGCAUGACAGAGUCUCACUUGGUGGUGACCACUCAGUGCCUCCGGUUAGUUGAUCCACAAACCCAGGUGACCCGAAUGAGUCUACAGCUCAGUGACAUCACACAGUUUGCUGCACAUCAGGAAAACAAGCGGCUAAUUGGAUUUGUUGCUGUGGGAGCAGACAUAUCUGAGGGUUUGAGUCCAAAACUACAGUGCUAUGUCUUUGAAAGCAACACUGAAGGGGAGAAGGUCUGCUAUGCAGUCAGUCUGGGGAAAGAGAUCAUUGAGGCUCAGAAGGACCCGGAGGCUUUGGCUGAGCUGAUGAAGACUGUGCCACUCACUAGUGAUGGCAAGUUUCUGCUGUUGGAAAGCGAGACCCAUUGUGAUGAACAGGCUGGAGAUCCAGUGGGACUAGAGUCUGAGGCAUAGAGCCCUUUCCUUUUUUUAAUUCUUUUUUCUGAUGCCGGAUAUUUUCCCUUUAACUAUGGGGGAAACUGAAAUUGUUUGCACAGUCCUAACAUGGUAUCCAUACCUAGCAUUAUAGUGUGUCUGUAUUACCCUGGAGGUACUGAUCCCAUGGUCUGUGUGUGUGCGCGCGUGUUUAUACUUAAAGGUUUACUUAUUGUUCCUUCAGCACCUCAGCCCAUCCAGAUUUUGGAGUGCCACAGUAAGUGGCUAAACUGUUUGAACUGUAAAAAAGUCACAAAGGCUGUGAUGGGAAAGACCAGCAGAGGCCAGUGUAUCUCUGGACACUCUGGUUAUUGGGAGGUCUGUACAUGUGUUUUGUACCUAUUAUUUUAUCAGGAUCUGUCAUGGUUGUUUAUAAAUGCUGGUGUAGGUGAAACUGAGGUGCUAACUGAUUCAAUAAAAUCAUUCACUCUGAGGAAAC